CAAACGCCAAUCCAAAUGCAUGCAUGACAUUGUUCCGUUACAUGAUAUAUUUCGUCUUUUCCGUUUUCUCUCUCAAAUUUGCAUAAAAUAGGAGCAUGUCCAGAAGAAACAACUGGCGAGGCUGUUGCACAAGGAGUAUUGUUUUGGAACGUAACGAAGGGCGGACAUGUGGUGUUUAGGAACUGUCCUUAUGGAUAUAGCAAUGGCGAAAAUCUAGAUCUAAAUCUGGAAGAUAGUCAGUCUUUACUAAUUUGGAGAGCAAGUCGAAGCUGUCAGUGCAAUGAUAAUAAUUGUCAAAGACCAUAUUGGGGUGAACCUGACAUUUCACGAUGUAAAUACCGAGUGUAUAAUGAUUCUGAAAUCACAGACGCUUUGUCCAUUCUGUACCAGGUAUGGGAGAAUUCAAUAGACUUGUCUCAGCGCUUGGAAUGAUACAGGAAAGGUAUUAUUCGAAAGCUAAAACCCAAGCCUUUAAUUUUAUUAAUUUUAUUAACGUUUUUAAUUUAACCGCUUGGCCUGAUAUGUAUUUUAUAUAGAUGUUUGGUAGCAGUAAGAGCUUGUUGACUGCAAAUUCGUUUGUUUCAGUUUCGUUGCGACUUGUUCUGAACAAUUCAAUUCUCAAUUGUUUCGCUAUUAAUUCUUUUAAAAACUUAAAAUAAUUAUAUUAAAACCAAUUUCUACAUUAUAAAUGUAUUAUUCUAACUUUUCUUGUAUAUACUAUUGUCUGUCUUAAAGCGAAUAUUUCCCUUUUUGGAUUGGCAAAGCUCUUGUUCUCCUUAGCAUCACAUUAGAAGCGGUAAAAUAUCACAAAUUUCAAGAUAGCGUCGCUAAAGUUUCAGGACAAAAGCUGUAAUCAAAAUAAGCUAUAUACAUUAACUAUAACCCCCAAAGAGUUUCUGCAAUAUCUUCACUUACUCAGGAUCUCUUUUUGGCUUGUAUACAGCUAAUUCAAAACAGGUUGUCUUUCAAAAAUCUUAAACCUUAAACAUUGAGUGCGCAAGGUAUGAUGGGUAACUUCCUAUUUAGAGACUUAAACUCGGAAAAUUGGCUUUGCAACAAUGCUAGGGCAUAAAUAAUGAACACUUUCGAUGUAGGGCUAUUUGGUUCACUAAGCUGAUGCCCAAUAUUAAGCUCCAAAUAGGCAGUAUCCAUCAUACCUUGCGCGCUGAAUGUUUAAGGUUUAAGAUUCUUGAAGGACAACCUUUUUUGAAUUGGCUGUAUACCCUACUUAUAAAGUAAGAUGUCGCAGUCGCUAGGUCUUAUUGGUAUAUUACAGGAUAUAAAAAAAGACAGAACAUCACUGAUUAACGCAAGUGUCCAAGUGGUGAGCUUAACAAAUGAUUCCCAAAAUUUUGAAAGAGAAGAUGUCGCCCUGACUGUCUUAAUUCUUGAAAAUAUCGUUGAAGGAACAAACGUUUUGAAUGAGGUGAGCUUUAAAAAAACAAUAUAAUUACAAAAAUGAACCGUAAUCGUCGGUCGGUUUAUUUUAUUUACCGCGGUGAUCAAUCACGAAUUUUCCCCCGCCAAACCUAUCGAUCCAUGGAACAGUUCCUUCGACAAAGCAGUUAACUGACGCAGAAAUAUUUUAUAUCCCAGAAAAAUUACUGAACCAAUACUGAUUGCUUCAACACUCAUUAUUAUUAAUUUUCUAACAAUUGUUAUCAAACUUGCAUGGCAAAUGUGCAAGCUUUAGGUCGGUGUGCUUUAUUCGAGCUGCUUCAUUUAGUGCUCGUGUUGGAUAAAUUCUCCAAAUUUCAACAAUGAUGUUACUUAGUCGAUUUUAAUUGUUUAAACUGGACAAAAUAGUUUUAGUGAACGUGAAAGGGUGAAAAUGUUUCUGGCUUGCGUUUACAAAUAAGAAAGUGUUUUUGCGUUAGAGAAAGGGCAGAAACGCUGUAGCUGAGAAACCUGCUGAUUAAAUUUGAAGAAUAUGUUUAAAACUAACGCGUACAAAAAUGUAUUCUUUUUCUUUAGACCGGUACGAAUAUCAUUAAGGCUGUUGACAACUUCAUAAAUGUUAAUCCUGUUAUCCUUUUUCAAAAUCAGGAAACAAUUAACUCGUCUACAAGGUACAACCAACAGAUGUAAUGAUGUUAUAGUUACCGCAGAUGAACGUUAACCAAAGUUAUAGCUGUUACUCUAGGAAUUGCUAGAUUAUUGUUCCUAAUAGAUCUAAAUUAGUUAGGUCAAUUAAAAAAACAUUUUCAGUUUUUCAUCAGAAAAACAUGGAGCGGAUGGGCGGUUUUUUAUUUUAUUUUUUUCGUUAAUAGCGGAAGUAGUGUAUUUCCCCUUUAAAAAGCGCGCUGAAAGGUUGUUUUCCAUUUCAUACAUUUGGUCUGUGCAAGAAGUAGUCACAGUCAAGAGCCAUUUUAACUUUUACGUCUGAAUGCAAGACCAUAAUUUAAAGCAGAAAUAUCUGCAACUCGUACGCCUAUCCAACGCUUCAAAACUUUUGUUCCAGCUCGUAUUUUUAUCCCAUACCUGUGUCAAAAGCGGCUUUCUGAUUGGUUUAGAGCAGGUGAGUUUGUCGUCGAGCUCACCUGCUUUUCGCCGAACUCACACGCGAAACUGCUCACGUUGCAACUUGCAAUAACAAUAACAAAUAUGGCGGACAAGACUUAGCCGAUAAACCUAGGCUUUAUUUAACUUUUUUCGGUGACUAACUUGCUGAGACUGAUGAAAAACCAAAGAAAAAUGCAGUAAAGGUAAUCUAGACGUAGAUAAAGAAUUAUUUUCUUGUCCAGUGAUUUUUUUGGCCGGAAAAAUGUUGACAAAACAUCGACGAAUAUAUCUCGAAGAGCUACAAAUGUGUGUAUGGCUCGGAGUAUGUGAUGAAAACCAAACGUACUUGCAGGUUCGGCGAGUCCAUGAUUGGACGCACCUCGGGUGGCUGGAAGUUUCCCGAACUCACCUCGCUUCGCUCGGUAAGUUCGGGAAACUUCCAGCCACCCUCGGUGCGUCCAAUCCCGGACUCACCUCCCUGCAAGUACGUUUGUUAUAGAACAACAACGAAAGGCAUAUUGAAGCAAUAUGGCCGCCAAUGUUCGGUUUCCGACUACUUCCGACCAAUUCCGAUUAAUCACAUAAAUUUAAAAAACAAUUUCGGGCAGUCAAUUUUUCAGGGCGGGCGGCGAUGAAAAACAGAAUUUUUUCUUAAUUGGCCUAAAUUGAAUACCUUUUUGAAACCUGAUCAAUGUUUUGUUGCAGAGUAUUAUCAGUAGUUGAAGAUUAUCUUGAGAAUGUUGCCAUAAAUCCUCAAGCCAAUGUACAACAAAAUGAACGAAACAUUGUUGUAUAUUCACGAGACGUCAAUCAAAGUACAUUCCAGGGCGCUAGAGCUGAAUUAUUAAUUGAUACCAAGAGAAACGAAGAAAACGAUUUUACUGUUUACAAUAAUGAUUUUAGUGUCCAACCUACGGUUUCUCAAAUUUCAUUAACAAUGCCAAAAUCAUUGUUUGAGAAUUUGAACAUUGACAGUGAAGCUCAAAACCAACGAAUAGCAUUUGUCAUAUACAAGAAUUCGUCAUUGUUUCAAUCUCAAGUUAAGGAAAUGACUGAUGGAGAGACCAUUAAUAAGUUGAACAGUUUGGUAAUAUCUGGGUCUAUUAGAGGGGGAAAAUUAACUAACUUGCAAGAUCCAAUUGUAACAACAUAUCAACCGUUAGAUGAAGGAAUAUAUAAGGAAACUGCGUGUGUAUUUUGGGAUUUCUCGUUAAAGAAUGGUGUCGGUAAUUGGUCACAAACUGGUUGUACUUACAAAGGAGUGAAAGAUGGAAUUGUUACUUGCCACUGUUCUCAUCUUACAAACUUCGCUAUUUUAAUGGUGAGAGAAAUUAAGUAUACGAACAUGCGCAAUAAAAUUGAGUAAAUCUCGCAUGGUAUUAAUUUUAAUUAGUCUGUCCACUAAAUGUCGUUGUGUUUUUUAGGAUGUUUAUAUCAAAGAUCGUAUUGACGAUGAUCAUGAAAAAGCACUGAGUAUAAUAAGUUAUAUUGGUUGUUCUAUAUCAUUAGGUGGACUGGUUUUAACCAUUAUUACGAUUGUAUUGUUUAAGUAAGUUUUGUUUACUUUGUUUUAAUGUGUUGCUCUUUUUGUUUAUUUCUCUCAUCGUCCUCCACAAGAUAGUGAAAAGAGCAUACAGUGGUUUUACAUGUACUGCGCGAUCGAUGCUGUCCCCCUUCCCUGCUAACAGAGGUCUCUAUUUGUGCAGGGAAGCGAAGGAGAAGAGACCUCUGCCAAGAUCUGACACGUUUUCUGUCGACCAUGUGCGACAAUUGCCAUGACAACAAGUGAUGUUUACCACGUGAUAUCAAACCGUUUUUUGCGGUUUGAUAUCAAAGAUUUACUCUACCCAGUUGGAAAGCAAACAAAUGUAUCUUGGCCCGAUAAAAAAUUGCUUUCUUUUGUUCUUCUGUCACUGCUUUCACAGUUUCAUCUUUGAAAUUAUAUCAAUUACAUAAUUUAGAGCACUUGAAAAUACUGAAUAAAAAUCUCGAAAUGACCGCGCUGUGCAAGCCGCCAUUUUGACAUUACGGGCUCAAUGUCAUUACAGCGUAAUUCAGCUCUGAGUAUGCGUACUAUUUGUUUCCCUAAACCGGUUUCAGAAUUUGUUUUACAAACUGGUUUGACUCAUCCACGAUCAUGGACUAAGGAAAUGUGCGUAAAAGAAGACCAGGGCUAUGGUUUUACUUUUUUUUAGAAAAAUACAUGGAUAGUAAAAAAUAUCAUGCUUGGUUCUGAAUUACGUAUCGAUAUAAACCAUAUACCUAAAUUAUCCGUAAUCAUUUGGGUUAAGAUAACUCGAAUUUAUAGUUUACACUGCAAAGAAAAUUCCAUAAACAGUUUGUGACGAUCUUCGUUUUUUUCGUAUUUAGAGAGUUACGAACGAAAACUCCAACCCAGAUUUUACUCAACUUCUGCAUAGCCUUAUCUCUGACAUUAAUUGUGUUCAUUGUGGCUGCUGAGAGAUCCAAGACUUCCUCUACAACCUGGUGUCGGGCAGCAGCAAUAGCCCUACAUUACUUUGUCUUAGCUGUGUUUAUGUGGAUGGCUAUAGAAGCGUAUAAUAUGUAUCUUUGCUUUGUAAAAAUUCUACCAACGGACCAUUCUCACUUUAUGAUGAAGUGUCUUAUUGUUGGAUGGGGUAUGUUAAAAUAAAUUGGAAAUGAAUUAUCAAAAAGUUAACGCUCUUUAAACCAUUAUUAUAUAAUUAUUAAAAAGUGCUCAACUGAUUCCCAAAAUUAAAACUUUAAACUCUGAUCUGUAAAACUGGAUUAAAGUAUCGUAUAUUUGAUACAGCUAAUUCAAUUAAGGUUGUCUGACUUGUCUCUGAACGUCAAAACCUUCGACCAGUUGACCUCUAAGGGCCCGUUCAUAUGGGCAGAAGUUAUCCCGGUUAGCGAGAAAAUCUUUCGACAAGUUUACGAGCGAGAUCUCGCCUUGUUACGAAAAUAAUAUGAAAAGUUACAUUGCGUUCAUAUGAGACGAAAAGUUUUCCCGCGUACCGAGAUCUCGCUUGUUGACAGGCGAGAUCUCGGUGACCGGGAUAAUGUUUUCCCCAUAUGAACACAACUUUCCCGCUUAGCGGGAUAACUUUUUGUCGUGUCAGCAACUUUUCAAUUCAAUUGAUGUUCAGUGCUACGUCACAGCCGGAAACUUUUCCCGGUAAGUGGGAUAAUAUUUCUCCCUCCAUAUGAACAGAACAAAAGUAUUUGGCUAGUCGAAAAGUUCUCUCGUUAACCGGGAUAACUUUUGCCCAUAUGAACAGGCCCUAAGCCCGAAAUGCACAAUGGACGUGUUUGUUAUUAUGAGAUUUGUUUAUCCAUGCAUGUUAUAGGUAUAUGUCUAAUAUUUAUGAUAAUCGAUCAAGUCAAUUUAAUUCCCAAAGGAGUUGAGUAUAUGUUCAUGCAUGCACAAACAACAUUCUUCAACGUUAUAAAGUUGAAAAAUCACAUGAAUUCUGCCGGAUUUGCUAGUGAAUUGGGUUAAUGAGCCAAUAAAACCCGAAAUAGUUGAAAAUCACGGGGAUGCAUAAAUUAUAAAUCGCUUGUGGGACGUAGCAACCGUAACAGUAUGAAUUACAUACUGUAUGCAAAUCCAUCGUGCUUUUCGCGCUUAGAAGUCGAGGGUUUUGACUUGGAAAGGACAACUUCAAUUGAAUUAAAUGUAUAUUAUAGUAUAAAAAGAAAAGCGCUUUCUACUUCAAAUGGCGCAGUUACAGCGUAAAAAUAAGUAAUUGUGUAUGUGGUUCCUACAAUAGCUAAAUGCGUUCAGAACAUGGUUCAUCGUUAAAUUGCAUAACAUGCUGCCAUUUUGCACUUAGUUUACAUGUAGCAAUAUAAUUAUGUCGAUUUUGUUUCUACAUAUUCUAGGAUUACCAGCAAUUAUCGUUAUUGUGACAGCAGUCUUGAAAAUUGAAGAGUAUGGAGGCGAAACUUAGUAAGUAUAAAGAUCCUAUUUCCAGAAAUAUAUUUGGCUCUAGUGGCGGACAUUUUGCCACAGUUUCAUCCUUUUGUUGCUGCAAAUCUCAAUUCUUUAAUACUUUAUACCAUAAAUUAUUCCAAAAGCACGUAUAUAUACAUACAUUCACGCACUCCUUGACCAAUCUAUACUUUCGCACGAUAAAAUGUGUAGAAAUGCACUGGAAUUUUUUCCCCAAGUCUUUACUAUGGAAAUAGUAUGGAUCUUCGUUGGAAAUAGUGUGGAAAUCCAAUUUUCAUAUACACUAAUUUCAAUUUCCAUACUGUGGACACAAUAUGGAGAAAUAUGGAUAUACUAUGGAUUUAGUGAUACAAUUGCAAAUUCCGUAUUAUGGAUUUCACUAUUUUUUCCUGUGAUGAACAAGAGAUUUGAUUUCAAAAUGCUUCAUGUUUUAAGCUAGUUAAAUAUGCGUGUUCCAAUUGCAAGUUGAUUCAUGUAACUGACGUUUAUAUCCACCUCUAUAAUGCUCUGUCCAAAGAAACAAAACAUGAAUGGUAAAGCUCCAUAUCAUUAAAGUGUACCUGGGCCACAAUAUAGAAUCGAAUUUCAGUUUGUAUAGAGAUAAAUUUCUUCAUUUUUUAAAAAUAUUUAAAAAUUUAUUUAUUUAGUUGCCGUCUUCAAGGUCUCCCAUUUCAAGCGGCUUUCCUUGGCCCAACCCUACUCAUACUUUUCAUGAAUUUUAUUGCAUUUGUCUUCAUCUUACGGUCCAUCCUUACCUCUGGAACUAAAGUGACCGCAGAUCGCAAGACCAGUGGGAUCACACAAGCAAGACGCGGUAUUGCUAUCCUAGUGGUCCUGGGUUUUACCUGGUUAUUUGGUGUUCUUGCUAUCAGGGAUGCCAAAUUGGUCUUUCAGUAUUUAUUUUGUAUCUUCAACUCACUUCAAGGUUUGUUGGUUUUCAUCUUUCAUUGCGUCCUCUCAAAAGAUACAAGAAGAAAAUGGAAGUCAUUAUGUUCGAGCAAAGGCAAUGACACGUCAAGUGGUCGUUAUCAUCAUCACGCUUCAUUGAAUUUGUCAUCGAACCGCGCAGCCUCCGCCGCGAAUCAUGCAGACUCCAUGGAAAUGCAGUAAACUUGAGUUAACUAGACAGUUUUAACUAAUUAUGAUGUCUUGAAUUAGAGACAGUAUACUCAACGUACAGUUAACGGCUAUUAGGGACGGACCAUUAUAUUUUGAGGGGAGGGGGGGGGCUGUUCAAUUUUUCUGUGCACGAAUUUUUUUUCAUCCCCCAAUUGCUUGCAAGAAUUUUUUUUUCUGCAACAUUCCUUUGCAC